GAGCGAGAGCCUCACUCUCACGCGGAGAGGGAGAAGUGGAAGGCUGCGUGGCGCGGGAAGCGUUUUUGGACGUGGUGGAUUGUACGCGCGUGGGCAGGAUGCGUCGAGUUCGGACGCACAUUCGCUGGAUGUACCGCAGCCUGCUUUUUUCGGCGUGCACCUGAACGCCGUCGUUGCCGGAGCUUGAUUCCAAAAAGAAUCACAACAUCAGCCUUCGCCUGUUUUUACCGCGUGAUGCCGGGAGAAAAGUUUGGGAGGAGACGCAGACGAAGCCCCCCCCCCCCCACACGGCAAUACCGGCAAGCAGCAGACUCUCCCCCCACCCCACGACAGUGAUGACUUGAGGAGUCGUCGUUGAGGAUCCGAGGAGCAGCCAAGACGACUAGAGAGCGCGAGAGAGGCAAAAACAAAAGAAAAACAAAAAACGGGCUCCAGAAGAGAACGCGAACCUUCACGAUGGCAGUCAAGUGCGGAGCGAUGGAGGUGCUGAUCCUGACCGCGCUCUCGUGGAUGUGCGUGUGGGCCGAGGAGAAGAUCAUCUUUGACAGGCACUCCGUCUACUGGAACAGCUCCAACCCCAAGUUCUGGCACGGGGAAUACCGGGUGGCGGUGAACAUCAACGACUACCUGGACAUCUACUGCCCCUACUACGAGGGCCCGCCCAACCACGGCCGCAUGGAGCGCUACAUCCUCUUCAUGGUCAACCACGAGGGCUACACUUCCUGUCAGCACCGGCUGCGCGGCUUCAAGCGCUGGGAGUGCAACCGGCCCAGCGGCGCCGACGGGCCGCUCAGGUUCUCCGAGAAGUUCCAGCUCUUCACGCCCUUCUCGCUGGGCUUCGAGUUCAGGCCCGGACACGAGUACUACUACAUCUCAUCUCCUCAUCCCAACCACGUGGGCCGAGCGUGUCUCAAGCUGAAGGUGUAUGUCAGACCUCCUGAUGGCUCGGGAUACGAUUCUCCGGAGCCCUUCCUGACGGAUGGCGGUCGGAGCUGGAGGCCAGACUCUGUGGGCCAAGUAGCGGCUCCGGUCUGGCUCCUGCUCGGUCUCUUCUUCUGGCUGUGACCCCCUGACUCCCCCCCAUCCCCAACCGUCUUCCUGGAGCUCCUCGCCCCGGGAUGCCAGGCUGGGCCGGGCCGGACUGAGCUGGCUGUCCCUCGAAACUCCACCACCUCCCUCAGGGAAGCCCUUUGACCCGCCCCAUGCA